AUUAGAGGUGAUACAUCAGAGAUCCUGGACAAGACCAUUCCACUCAUUAAAGAGAAGGUGAUGGAAAUGAACCAUAUCUAUGCCAAAGUUGAUAAAUUAGAGGCAUUUGUUAAAAUGGUUGCGCACCAUGUUUCCUUCCUCGAAGAGCAAGUGCUUGAAGCAGAGAAGAGCCAUGGCACCUUUCUUAAUACUGUUUGCAAAUUAUUUCAGUGUGCAACUAUCUCGUCAUUUAAAAAUGCAUCUUGGAAUGAUAAUGUUAGUGAACAAAAGAGAAAAAUAGGGAAUGGCAUAGUUUCCAACUGCACUGAUCUUAUCCCUCCCUGCCAUCCUUCCCCCCCAGAUAGUACAUCUAGAAAACAUGGUGAGAGAGGUAACAAGGAUGAGCACAGCCUUGAUCAGAUUGGCUAA